AUGACAGACAGGUUGUGGGUUCGAUUCUCAGUUGCCUUGUGCACCACCUACCAGCUCCACGAACUGGAGCGUGCCUUCGAGAAGUCCCACUACCCCGAUGUGUACAGCCGUGAAGAGCUCGCCAUGAAGGUCAACCUGCCUGAAGUCCGGGUUCAGGUCUGGUUCCAGAACCGGCGUGCAAAAUGGCGGCGCCAGGAGAAGAUGGACACCAGCACGAUGAAGCUGCACGACUCGCCCAUGCUCUCCUUCAACCGGCCGCCCAUGCCCAUUACAUGUAACAGCUCCACGAACUGGAGCGUGCCUUCGAGAAGUCCCACUACCCCGAUGUGUACAGCCGUGAAGAGCUCGCCAUGAAGGUCAACCUGCCUGAAGUCCGGGUUCAGGUCUGGUUCCAGAACCGGCGUGCAAAAUGGCGGCGCCAGGAGAAGAUGGACACCAGCACGAUGAAGCUGCACGACUCGCCCAUGCUCUCCUUCAACCGGCCGCCCAUGCCCAUUAC